UCGUUUCUGCAUCUACCACAAUCCCCUUUAUCCGUCCUGUAUGGUGGAUAUUAUUUUCAGCUCUUCUUUCUUGGAUGAUAUGGGGGAUCAUUCCAAAAAGAAGCCAGGAUUCGCGAUGUGUGUAGGAUGUGGAAGUCAGAUCCAUGACCAGUACAUACUGAGAGUCUCUCCCGACCUGGAGUGGCAUGCAGCCUGCCUGAAGUGUGCAGAGUGCAGCCAGUACCUGGAUGAGACCUGCACUUGUUUCGUCCGGGACGGCAAAACCUAUUGCAAAAGAGAUUAUGUAAGGCUGUUUGGAAUAAAAUGCGCAAAAUGCAACCUGGGAUUCAGCAGCAGCGAUUUGGUGAUGAGGGCCCGGGAUAACGUUUACCACAUCGAGUGUUUUCGGUGCUCGGUGUGCAGCAGGCAGCUGCUGCCGGGAGACGAGUUCUCCCUGCGGGAAGAGGAGCUGCUGUGCCGGGCGGACCACAGCCUGCUGCUGGAGAGGAGCUCCGCAGGAAGCCCCAUCAGCCCCGGACACAUCCACUCCAACAGACCGCUGCACCUGGCAGCAGACCCGGUCACCGUGCGGCAGCCCCCGCAUCGGAACCACGUCCACAAGCAGUCGGAGAAGACGACGCGGGUCAGGACGGUGCUGAACGAGAAGCAGCUCCACACGUUGCGGACCUGCUACAACGCCAACCCGAGGCCGGACGCGCUGAUGAAGGAGCAGCUGGUGGAGAUGACCGGCCUGAGCCCCAGGGUGAUCCGGGUCUGGUUCCAGAACAAGCGCUGCAAAGACAAGAAGAAGUCCAUCCUGAUGAAGCAGCUCCAGCAGCAGCACCACAGUGAUAAGACUAAUCUGCAGGGCCUCACAGGGACGCCUCUUGUAGCCGGGAGUCCUAUCCGACAUGAGAGUGCUGUGCAGGGAAACCCAGUGGAGGUUCAGACCUACCAGCCUCCAUGGAAAGCCCUGAGUGAGUUCGCCCUGCAGAGCGACCUGGACCAGCCAGCCUUCCAACAACUGGUGUCUUUCUCUGAAUCGGGCUCUCUCGGAAACUCCUCCGGCAGCGACGUGACUUCUUUGUCCUCUCAGUUACCGGACACCCCCAACAGUAUGGUACCCAGCCCGGUGGAGACGUGAAACGGGGCCCCUCAGACCUGUCGGCCCCCCCUCCUGCAAGGACAAUUGCAGCAUGAUCCCGGUCCCCUGCAUGUGACCAGCUCAUCACAUCGCCCAAACUACAGAGGAGAGUGUUUUUUUUUUUAUUUCAUGACACGGAGGAGAUGGAACCAAGAAAGCACCGAUUGACUCCGAGUUUUUUUGUGGAGCUUUCAUUGAC